AAGAACAAAGGCUGCCUUUCAAGCCCUUGUUGCUUCUCCUUGGUACAUAGCUGCUUUGAAUGAGAAAACUCCACAGGAAUGAUGAAAUUUGAGGAUCUCUUGCUGGAAACUGGGGGCUUUGGCAGAUUCCAGAUUUUGAUUUUGGUUAUGCUUUGCCUCCCAAGAAUCAACCUGCCCAUGCAUUUUCUGCUGCACAAUUUUAUUGCUGCUACCCCCUCUCAUCACUGUGCAAUUCCGCACCAAGAGGCCUUUGUGAAUCUCACCAUGGAGGAAGUUCUACUCAUCAGUAUCCCCCGGGAGUCCGACGGCACUUUCAGCUCUUGUGAGAUGUUCUCACAGCCUCAGUUUCACCUGCUGCUCAACUCUUCUCUGCAAUCAGAAAACAAAUCCAUCAUCCAGCGCUGCCAGCAUGGAUGGGUCUAUGACCACUCGCAGUUGAUCUCCACCAUCUCCACCCAGUGGGACCUCGUGUGUGAGCAGCGUGGACUGAACCAGGCAACAGCAACCUUCUUCUUCAUUGGCGUUACGAUGGGGGCUGUGGUAUUUGGAUACCUUUCUGACAGGUUCGGACGGAAAACCAUGCUCCUGCUGUCGCUUGUGUGCUCUCUUGUAUUUGGGAUGCUGAGUGCUGCCUCGGUCUCCUACAGCAUGCUGGCCAUCACACGGGCCCUCACCGGGGUGGCCCUGAGUGGUGUCUCCCUGAUUGUAUUGCCUUUGGCGAUGGAGUGGGUGGACAUACAGCACCGCACCUUCACCGGGAUCCUGAGUAGCAUCUUCUGGAGCAUCGGGAACAUGCUGCUGGCCAUGGUAGCAUACUUGGUGCGGGAGUGGCACUGGCUGUUAGUAGCCGUAACAGGACCUUGUCUUCUGAGCCUUGUCUGCCUGUGGUGGGUCCCAGAGUCUGCCCGGUGGCUCAUAGCCAAAGGCAAAGUGAAGCAAGCUCACAGGCAUCUGCUUAGAUGUGCAAGAAUGAACAGAAGGAAAGAUUUUGCUCUCUCGCCAGAGGCCCUGACAAGGAUGGCAACAGACAAAAAGCCAGCAGGGAGUUACUUCUACAUCAGCUUGUUCAAAACACCAGUCCUGCGGAAGAUCUCUCUUUGUUCUGGGGUUGUGUGGUUUGGUGUUUCCUUCUCUUAUUAUGGCAUGAGCAUGAACCUGACUAGCUUUGGGCUCAACAUCUAUCUCUCCCAGUUUGUGUUUGGUGUCAUUGAGAUUCCAGCCAAGAUGAUCAUGUACGUGCUGGUGAACCGAGUUGGACGGCGACAGAGUCAGGCGUGGACACUCAUCCUGACUGGACUGUGCAUAGGAGCCAACAUUGCCAUUCCCAAGCCCUUCACCUCCUUGCGUUCUGUAGUAGCCAUUAUGGGCAAAGGCUUCUCAGAAGCUGCGUUCACUACUGUCUUCUUGUACACCUCUGAGCUCUACCCUACCAUACUGAGGCAGAAUGGGAUGGGGUACACCUCCUUUGUGGCACGCCUCGGCGGGGCUUUGGCCCCACUUGUGUUCCUGCUGGACGAGGUGUGGAGGUCUCUGCCAGAGGUGACAUACUGCAGUGUAGCAGUGUGCAGUGGUGCAGUGGCCUUUCUGCUCCCAGAGACGCUCAACAUGUGCCUGCCUGAGGGUAUUGAGGACGUCGAGAGGGCACAAGUAAAAGUGCCGCCAGAAACCACUGCUCCCGAGGGCAUGCCGCUACAGUCUCUGCUGAAGUGAGGCACUCCAUGGGACAGCCACCAUGUAGGACUGCACAACUGGCCCUUUCUUCACUUACUAUCUUUUCAGCAGCAGUUUAUCACUCUGGUUUAUCAAGAUCCUUCUCGAACACAGUACGAGAUGCAGUCUGAUGAGCCCUGAGGGAACAACCUCUUCCCUCCACCUCUCAGCUGUUCGUAGGGCUCAGGGCUGUGCCUGCCAGACCUCGCAGAGCCCCCUCCAGCUCCCGCCUCUGUCAUUGCUGGUUUUCCCCUUCAUCCCGAAUUUCAUGGGCAUCCUGUUGCCUCCCGCCUGUCUGGGUCCCGCUAGACCUCUGGGACCUGCCUGUCCUCUGCACACUGGCCGUUCCCCGGCUCCCAGAGGAGGUCCAUACCCGUGGGGUAGUCACGGCAGCCUGUGUGUGCGGUCACGGCCAGCCCAGACCUGGCAGUGUCUCCGGUUGGUCGCACCAGCCCUACAAGGCUAUGGGGCCACAGGGCAACCACCACCUGCCAGUGCCCAUGGCCUGCAGCACGACCUGGAGCUGGGCUGCAGCCCCGGGACACGAGCGCACAGCACCGACACCACGGCUGGGUAUCCGAGCCCAGCGGCGGGGAGUGAGCACCCCCGACGGGCCCUGAGCACUGGACGGUAGGGGGUGACAGGAGCGAUCCCACCCG